CUUUAUAGAGAUAAGUGACAUUUCAACACACGAACACUAGCGCAAAUUUUUCCUCACACAAAAGUGCACGCCGAUUGAAAGGCUACUCAGAUUGCAUAUGCAAAUAUUACCCAAUCGAUUUGGGUAAAACGGGUAAAUAAUGAUAAAACUAACGUCCGGGGCAAGAGUGCAAAUAUUUUCCUCGCAGUUUCACAACUACAUCUACAAAAAAGGCACGCAUACAUUUGAACGUGAUUACCUCUAUAGAUCUUUAUAAGUUUUUUAACAUAAAAAAUGGAAGCGCUGAAUAAUUUGAAAUUUGAAAAAAGACACGAUGGACCACCCAUCGACGAGGCAUCCACUACGGAAGCGGAGGAUUCCGCAAUGGAACAAGAACCGGACUCGGAGGAGAUUGAAGCAAUGGAACGAGAAAUUGAAGGCGAUUACAUCGAGGAGGAGAUGUUGGUAUUUGCGGAUUUCGAAAGCUAUCUCACGUCGGAAGAACUGGCAGAUCCGAACGUACGGAUAAAGGUAAUCGGAAUCGACUCGGAAAAUCCGGUUAUCCAAAUCAACGACGACAUCUACCGGGGGUCGUACGAUUUCGCGAUGGGGACCAAUGUUUUCCUGGAGGAAGAUGAACAGGCCAAGAGCAAGAUCGAUCCACUGUACAGCCAGAAUCCGCCCAAGUUGUACAGAUACAGUGGCCAGAGCAACAAGGUGCUCAAUAUGAAGCGAAUCUUUGCCACACCCAAGGCGGAUGUGGGCUCCACGGUGAAAACGGAACCGGGGGCGGACGCACCGGAGGAAGCCAAAUCGAUGGACGAACGGUAUCUGGUGAUGCGGUCGUACGAGGAAGCAUUGAAUUUGCACUUGCCCUUUGGGUGUUAUCCACCUCGGUUCAUUGAUCCGGAGCAGAACUGCGAGACGGUUGUUCACAGGAAGGCGGCGGCCCUUACGAGGGUGGAGAGUGAGGGGGAUGGCGAUAGCAAGCGAAACGAUCCGGACUAUAAACCGGGAAUGGACACCUGAAUGUAAUGUGGGAUACUUUGGAUAACAUUUUAGUGCUAAGUGUAAUUUGAAAUAAAACUUAACAUAAGUUUCCUAACAUUAGCCAUAUAUUUUGACUCAGGACAAGUCUAGAUGUCUAGAAUUUAAGUAGUUUUAGAAAGUCAGAGAAAAAGAUCCAAUAUAAUGCAACUAUUACAGAAUGUUCUAUCUCUGUAUUUUUUUAUUAUUCUCGUGACUAACACCAUAUUAUAAAAGCUAAUAUGUAUUUUCCUCGUUUUGGCUUAACUAUACCUAGGAAAAAACACGAACUCACGAAAUCAUUUAAUAAUAUUAUUA